CAGGCGCGCAGUGCACAGAAGGAUUUGAAAAUGUCGGUUGCAGGUUAAAAACGAGAAGAAAUUCGUUUCCAGGAAGCUCAAGCACAGCACACCAGUUUGGUUGUCUCUGUCUAGAUAUUUAAGGAGCAAGGGAUUCAAUUGACCAUCCUUCCUGCUCAAACUGUGGGGAAGGAUUCACUUGAUCAUUUGACCAACUGGCAAGAACAUCAUUUUGCACAGGAGAAAGGCCGUUCACCUACUCAGUGGGAAUGGAUUCAUUCGGUUAUCACAAUUGAAGGUUCAUCAGGAAGUUCACACUGGGCAAGGCCAUUCACGUUCUGUGUGUCAGAAGGGAUUCUGUCGGACAUCACACCUGCGAACACACCAAUCAGUUCACAGCACACCGGGCAGAGGCAGGUCAUCUGCUGAAUUUCUGGGAAAGGAUUCACUCAGUCAUCUGACUUAAUGGCUCACCAGCAAGUUCACACCAGGGAGCGGCCGUUCACCUGCUCAGUCUGUGAGAAGAGAUUUACUCAGUUAUCCAAUCUACAGAGUCACCAGCGAGUUCACACUGGGGAGAAGCCAUUCACCUGCUCAGUCUGUGGGAAAGGAUUCACUCUGUCAUCCACCCUGCUGGUACAUCAGCGAGUUCACACUGGGGAGAAGCUGUUCACUUGCUCAGACUGUGGAAAGGGAUUCACACUGUCAUCCCGCCUACUGGUACAUCAGCAAAUUCACACUGGGGAGAAGCCAUUCACCUGCUCAGUCUGUGGAAAGAGAUUCACACAUUUAUCCCAACUACAAAGUCACCAGCGAGUUCACACUGGGGAGAAGCCGUUCACCUGCUCAGAAUGUGGGAAGAGAUUCACUGACUCUUCCACCCUACAGAGACAUCAGCGAGUUCACACUGGGGAGAAGCCAUUCACCUGCUCAGAAUGUGGGAAAGGAUUCACUCAGUCAUCCGAACUGCAGAAACACCAUCCAGUACACACUGGGGAGAAGCCGUUCAACUGUUCAGACUGUGGGAAGAGAUUCACUCACUCAUCCACCCUACAGAGACACCAGCGAGUUCACACUGAGGAGAAGCCAUUGACCUGCUCAGUCUGUGGGAAGACAUUCACUCAGUUAUCCCACCUACAUAUUCACCAGCGAGUUCACACUGGGGAGAAACCGUUCAUCUGCUCAGUCUGUGGGAAGAGAUUCACUCAGUUUUCCCUCCUACAGAGACACCAGCGAGUUCACACUGGGGAGAAGCCGUUCACAUGCUCAGUCUGUGGGAAGAGAUUCACUGACUCUUCCACCCUUCAGAGACACCAGCGAGUUCACACUGGGGAGAAGCCAUUCACAUGCUCAGUCUGUGGGAAGAGAUUCACUCAUUUAUCCACCCUACAGAGACAUCAGCGAGUUCACACUGGGGAGAAGCCAUUCACCUGCUCAGAAUGUGGGAAGAGAUACACUGACUCUUCCACCCUACAGAGUCAUCAGCGAGUUCACAUUGGGGAGAGGCCGUUCACCUGCUCAGUCUGUGGGAAAGGAUUCACUUGGUCAUCCGACUUACGGAGUCAUCAUCGAGUUCACACUGGGGUGAAGCCAUUCACCUGCUCAGUCUGUGGGAAGAGAUUCACUCAGUUAUCAAACCUACAGAGUCACCAGCGAGUUCACACUGGGGAGAAGCCGUUCACCUGUUCAGAAUGUGGGAAGAGAUUCACUCUGUUAUCCCACCUACAGAGACACCUGCGAAUUCACACUGGGGAGAAGCCGUUCACCUGUUCAGAAUGUGGGAAGAGAUUCACUGACUCUUCCACCCUACAGAGACACCAGCGAAUUCACACUGGGGAGAAGCCGUUCACCUGUUCAGAAUGUGGGAAGAGAUUCACUGACUCUUCCACACUACAGAGACAUCAGCGAGUUCACACUGGGGAGAAGCCAUUCACCUGCUCAGAAUGUGGGAGAGGAUUCACUCAGUCAUCUGACCUGCAGAAACACCAUCCAGUACACACUGGGGAGAAGCCGUUCACCUGCUCAGUCUGUCGGAAGAGAUUCACUCAGUCAUCCACCCUACAGAGUCACCAACGAGUUCACACUGGGGAGAAGCCGUUCACCUGCUCAGUCUGUCGGAGGGGAUUCACUCAGUCAUACACCCUACAGAGUCACCAGCGAGUUCACACUGGGGAGAAGCCAUUCACCUGCUCAGAAUGUGGGAAGAGAUUCACUCACUCUUACAACCUACAGAGACACCAGCGAGUUCACACUGGGGAGAGGCCAUUCACCUGCUCAGAAUGUGGGAAGGGAUUCACUCAGUCAUCUCACCUACAGAGUCAUCAGCGAGUUCACACUGGGUUGAAGCCGUUCACCUGCUCAGUCUGUGGGAAGGGAUUCACUCAGUCAUUCACCCUACAGAGACAUCAGCGAGUUCACACUAGAGAGAGGCCAUUCACCUGCUGAGAAUGUGGGAAGGGAUUCACUCAGUCAUUGCACCUACUGGCACACCUGUCAGUUGACAAUGGGGAGUGGCCAUUGUAAUGAAUCCCUGGGUUUUGUUUGCUGUGGACUGUCAUUUUAAGAGGGAGAGAGAGAUUAAGAAGGUGAAUCAGUCUGACUUGCAGCUUGUUUACAUCGCUCGCAGCCUGUUUAGUUUUAACCGAGGACAAAGACACUCAGAGUCAGAAGGAGAUGAAGGAGGAAAAAUGGAAGGUUCAAAACCAGUAAACCAAUGGCCAAGGGUCACUGUUUGUAAGUUUCCUAUGCUCAUAAGGGUGGGUUAAUUAUCAAUUCACCAUACAUCGAAUGUGUCCUUGUCCCCUCAUUUGAUGCAUAGGAGUGGAUCUGAUUUGGGAUAUCCUGUGGAGACCACUUAUGUGUUAACCCUUGCCUGGUUGUGGUGUGGUCAUUCAUUUGAAGAUGAUACCCCUUAUGACAAGUCACUUUAGGUGAUAAUUCGUAUGUACAUUUGUAAAGAUGAUGGAUAAAAUCUACAGCAACUGUUCUCUCAUUUUCCCACCAUGAAACCUGUGGAAUCCGAAAGAAUUGCCUUCUCUCAACAUUUACCCUGGAAAUACAAAUAUCUCUCUCUCAUCACGUAUUCUAUGGUUGAACUGAACUUAAAUACUUUACCAUCUGAAGAACCCAAGCCCUGAGCUCAAUAGUUUGGGAGUUAUAUUUACACACAUAUAUACACAUAACACUCACGAGGAAAUAUGCAGAUGCUGGAAAUUCAAACAACACACACAAAAUGCUGAUGGAAAACUGCAGACCAGGCAGCAUCUAUAAGGAGAAGCACUGUUGACGUUUCGGGCCAAGACCCUUUGUUAGGACUAACUGAAAGGAAAGAUAGUAAGAGAUUUGAAAGUAGUUGGGGGAGGGUGAAAUGUGAAAUGAUAAGAGAAGACCUGAGAGAGUGGGAUGAAGCUAAGAGCUGGAAAGGUGAUUGGCGAAUGUGAUACAGAGCUGGAGAAGGGGAAGGAUCAUGGGACGGGACGCCUCGGGAGAAAGAGAAGUGUUGGGGGGGGGGGAAGCACCAGAGGGAGAUGGAGAACAGGCAGACAACUAAAUAUGUCAGGUAUGGGGUAAGAAGGGGAGGAGGGGGAAUAACAGAAGUUAGAGAAGUCAAUGUUCAUGCCAUCAGGUUGGAGGCUACCUAGCUGUUCGUCCAACCUGAGUAUGGAUUCGUUUUGACAGAGGAGGCCAUGGAUUGACAUAUCAGAAUGGGAAUGGGAUGUGGAAUUAAAAUAUGUGGCCACUGGGAGUAAUCUGUUGCUGCUGGUUCAUUUAUAAGUGUUACGGUUUGUAACAAAAUGGGGCUGCGUCUGGGAUAUGAACAAAUUUAAGGAUUGAUUUAUUAUUGAUAUCAUUUGGAAAUCCCUUUUGAUUUAUUUGUGUCUGGAAAAUCAGCAGCAAUGGAUUUUCAUAGAUAUCUGGAAGGGUCAACCUCUCAGGCAUUAGAAGACACUAGAAGGAUUGAGUUGUUGAGUAUUGCUAAAACGUUAAAACUUGCAAAGGUGAAAUUGACAAUGAGGGGGGCACUGAUGCAGAGGAUACUAGCUGAACAUUAUGUAUCUGAGGGAGUGUUUAAAGUGGAGGAGUUGGAGGUGUUUCCUGAAAGUAAACCUCGUGAGCUUGAGCUCCAGUAGAAGUUAGAAAAAUUCAAGAUGGAGUCUGCGGAAAGGCAGAGGCAGAUUCAGGCUAGAGAGGCAGAAAAGCAGAGAGAAAAUUCUCUUACAAUGUGUAAUUAAGGGGAAGGGUUAACAAGUCUAUACAGCUUUGACAGUUGCUGAAGCAUCUGAUUAUUUAUUUAUUUAUGCUGCCCCAAUCAUCGCCACUGGGCUAUAAAUGUGCAGGAGCUGUGUGUGGUUCAGUGCUUUGUUCAAGGACACACACGCUGCCUCGGCUG